AUGGUGGAAGCAAGCGAGAUGGUGCCUGUAGAACACGCGCUCGAGACGGUGCUGAGGGUCGCACAGAGGCUGCCGCCUGUGAAGGUUCCCCUCCAUGCGGCGUUGGGCAGAAUAUUGGCUCAAGACGUCGCUGCACCCGACCCGCACCCGCCAUACCCUGCAUCUAUCAAGGAUGGAUAUGCUGUAAUUGCUUCAGAUGGUCCUGGAGAGUAUCCCGUGAUAACCGAGUCAAGAGCAGGAGAUGAUGCUAUUGAUGUCACUGUGACUCCUGGAACUAUCGCAUAUGUGACAACUGGUGGACCUAUACCCAAAGGUGCUGAUGCUGUAGUGCAAGUGGAGGACACUGUGCUACUAGAGAGUGCAGCUGGUGGUCCAAAACGAGUAAGGGUAUUGAAGCAGGUCGCUCAAGGACUCGAUAUUAGACCAGUGGGGUGUGAUAUUGCUAAGGGUGAUUUGGUAUUGAAAUCUGGAGAACAUUUAGGUGCUGCAGAAGUUGGCUUACUCGCCACAGUAGGUGUAACAGCUCUGAAGGUAUAUCGUACCCCAAAAAUUGCGGUUCUCUCCACAGGCGAUGAACUAGUUGAGCCCACAAAUACAUCUUUAAAUCGUGGCCAGAUUAGGGAUUCCAAUCGUGCCAUGAUCCUUGCUGCUGCUCAGCAACAGAAAUGUGAAAUUAUCGAUCUUGGCAUAGCCCGUGAUAAUGAAGAAGAACUUGAGAGGAUUUUUGAUAUAGCAUUUUCUAGUGAAAUUGAUAUCCUAUUAACUUCUGGAGGAGUCUCGAUGGGAGACCGGGAUUUUGUGAAGCCUUUACUUCAAAAGAGAGGGAAAUUAUAUUUUCACAAGAUUAAUAUGAAGCCUGGAAAGCCUCUUACUUUUGCCGAGGUUCUUCCUGAAUCAACCGAGGGCAAGUCUGAGAAUAAGAUUCUUGCUUUUGGUUUGCCUGGGAAUCCCGUGAGCUGCUUAGUGUGUUUCCAUCUCUUUGUGGUUCCUGCAAUAAGACAUCUUUCCGGAUGGACGCAGCCUCAUCUCCCGAGAGUACAUGCUCGUCUGAAGCAUGCAAUAAGGGCAGAUCGGGUCCGUCCAGAAUUUCAUCGUGCCACAGUAAGUUGGGAGAUGAAUCAAAGCACAGGAAUUUCAGGGUUUGUUGCUGAGAGCACGGGUCACCAACUUAGCAGCCGUCUCUUGAGUAUGAAGUCAGCAAACGCCCUAUUAGAGCUUCCGCCCACGGGCGACUUAAUUCCUGCUGGGACUCAGGUGGUGGCUAUAAUUGUUUCUGAUAUAAUUGGUAUUGCUGGGAAUAGCACUUUGCCCGUGUCAAGUCCAACAGUCUGUGUAACAAAUCAAAGUAGUAGUGGUGAAAUAGGUAAAGCCCAGCCUGAAAGUUGUGAAUAUAAAGUGGCUAUUCUUACUGUGAGCGACACUGUUGCAUCAGGAUUAGGGCCUGACCGAAGUGGUCCACGGGCAGUAUCUGUUGUGAAUUCAUCAUCUGAAAAACUGGGUGGUGCCAAGGUUGUUGCUAGUGGUGUUGUACCAGAUGAAAUCCCAAAAAUCAAGGAAUUGUUGGAAAAAUGGAGUGAUAUUGAUAAAAUGGAUCUCAUUCUUACUCUUGGUGGUACUGGAUUCACCCUGAGAGACGUAACCCCAGAAGCUACAAAACAAGUAAUACACAAGGAGACUCCUGGUCUACUUUUUGUUAUGAUGCAAGAGAGUUUGAAGAUUACACCGUUUGCAAUGCUUUCACGCUCGGCAGCUGGAAUUAGAGGCUCAACAUUGAUAAUAAACAUGCCGGGAAAUCCAAAUGCGGUUGCUGAAUGCAUGGAGGCUUUAUUACCUGCGCUUAAGCACGCGUUAAAACAGAUAAAAGGGGACAAGCGAGAAAAACAUCCUCGUCAUGUACCUCAUGCACAGGCUGCUCCUAUUGACACUUGGGAACAUAGCUAUAAAUCGGCUUCGGGCGACAAUCAAGAAAAGGGCUGUUCUUGUUCCCAUUAA